AUGGCUACCACCCAAGCAGACCAGCAGAACGGAACCAACGAUGGGUCGAGGAAGAAGAUCAUCAUCAACGCAUUUGACAUGUCUACGGUCGGACACUUGUCACCGGGACAGUGGAAGAACCCCAAAGACAGGUCCGCGACCAAGCGUGACCUGCAGUACUGGAUAGACCUGGCCAAGCUCCUCGACAAGGGUGGCAUCACGUCCCUCUUCCUUGCCGACACCUACGGCGGGUACGACACGUACGAGGGGAAGCUCGACAACUGCAUUCGCCGUGCUGCUCAGUGGCCCAUGACGGAUCCCACCAUCCCCAUCUCGGCAAUGGCGGCCGUCACAAAGAACCUUUCCUUCGCCAUCACGGCGUCUACGUCGUUCGAGCCCCCUUUCCUGCUAGCAAAGAGGUUCUCCUCCCUCGAUCACUUUACGAGGGGACGUAUCGGUUGGAACAUCGUGACGAGCUGGAAGAAGGCGGCCUUCAAGGCCAUCGGUCUCGACAGCCCCAUCGCACACGACGAGAGAUAUGAGCAGGCUGACGAGUAUCUGCGUGUCCUGUACAAGCUCUGGGAAGGCUCUUGGGCGGAUGACGCCGUCGCUCCGGAUCCCGAGAACGACAGCUACGCGGACCCGGACAAGAUCCGAACUAUUCAUCACCACGGCAAGUUCCUCAACCUGGAUACGCGACACAUCGUCGACCCGUCUCCCCAGAGGACGCCGUUCCUUUUCCAAGCCGGCACCUCCUCCGCAGGUCAGACCUUCGCGGCGUCCCACGCCGAAGGAAUAUUCGUAUCUUCCCACUCGCCCGUGCUCCUGAAGCCCAAGGUCGCAGCCAUCCGGAGCCGAGCGGCAGAGCUGGGCCGCGACCCCCAGUCGCUCAAGUUCUUUGCCACAUUCACUCCCAUCGUCGGGCGCACUGACGAGGAGGCCCAGGAGAAGUACGAGGAGCUGAAGAAGUACGCCUCGACGAUUGGCGGCUUGGUCCUCGUGAGCGGAUGGACGGGCAUCGAUCUGUCCGUGAUCCCCCUCGACCAGGAGAUCACGUCGGCCGACUCGCUCGAGCCGCACAAGGUCCAGAGCAUCCUCGACGCGUUCACGGUCACGAGCGAGAAGGUACCAAAGUGGACGCCGCGGGUUAUCGCGGAGAAGGCCGCCAUCGGAGGCCUGGGCCCUGUCGCCGUCGGAAGCCCGCAGACCGUUGCCGACGAGAUGGAGCGAUGGAUCCGCGAGGGUGACCUGGACGGGUUCAACAUUGGCUAUGUCACUACACCGGGCUCGUUCGAGGACCUCGUCGAGCUGUUGGUGCCCGAACUGAGGAGGCGCGGAGUGUACCACGAAGCCCCUCCCAACGAGAAGGGACAAACGCUACGCGAGACGGUGUACGGCGCCGGCCAGGCGGGCUUGCGCUCCGACCACACGGGAGCGCAGUACAAGUACGACGUGUACAGGGAGGAGUAA